AUGUUCUCGCGGAAUAGAUUCCAGCUUAUUUUAAGAUUUUUCCAUUUAGUAAAUAAUAAAGAAUGUUACCCACCGGAACAUGAAAAAUAUGAUCCAUGCGCAAAAUUCAUUCCUAUCGUUGAACACGCGAACAGAAUAUUUAAAUUGUAUUACAAGCCACAUAAAGAGGACCAUUUGCCAUCAAGCAUCAAUCGUCAACAUUUACCGAAUAAUAAGGACCAAUGGGAUAUAAAAUUUUGGAUCCUUUGCGAUGCGUCAUCCAAGUAUUGCCUACGUUUUUAUUGGUAUCGGAGUGCGCAAGCAAAAACUGAUAAUACUAAAUCACAAAAACAUAAACUUGGGCAUGAUAUUGUUGUAAAUUUAUUAGAGCAAUGCGGUUAUUUAAAUAAGGGAUAUCAUGUAUUUGUCAGAAAUUAUUUCAGUAGUAUUGCUUUAGCUAAAUAUUUAUAUUCCAAAGAUACGUACCUAACAGGAAAUAUAAGAAACAAUAGGAAAGAUUUACCUAAUGAUAUAAAGAAAAUUAAUCUUAAUGAAACAAAGUAUGUUCGAGAUGGAGAAGUAAUUUUGUGUGGAUACCCGUCGGAUGAAAAUGUAACUAUAAUUAAAAAACGAAAUGGAAAUGAAAAACCAUGCAUUGUUAAUUUUUAUAAUUAUUUUACGGGGGGAAUUGAUGAAUCUGAUAAAAUGUUAUACAUCUAUCUUGAUGAACAGCGAACUGUAAAAUAUUGGAAAAAAGUUAUAUUCAACAUAAUUUCCCGCAUGGUGUUAAAUUCAUAUCUACUUUAUAAAGAAAUCGUUAGAAAAAAAGCAAUGACACGAUUAGAAUUUAUAUCAAAUAUUAUUUCUGAGAUAGAAUGUGAAUGGAUGCAAGAAAGGAAACAGCAACUUAUCAAUACUGAUAAAAGAACGUUUGGUUUAAUGAAAUUACCAGGACGAAAUUUAAGACAAUGCGUGGUUUGUAGCAAUAAAGAUAAUGGAAUAAAAAGAUCAAAUUUAAUUUGUGUACAGUGCAAGAAAGGAAUUCAUCCAUUAUGUCUUGAUAAACAUAUAUGUUUCAAAAGUAAUAGUAAAUGUUAAUAAUUGUGUUUUUUAAGUCUAUUAUAUACAUACAAUAUAUAUUUUAUAUUGUUCUUUCGAAAAUGUUGGCAGCAUAUUUUCACUACAUAAAAGUGUAUAUAAAUAAGAGUAGAUAAAGUAAAAAUUGUUUACUUGUAUAUGUACUUUAAUUGAAAAGAAAAUAAUUAGGAACAUGACUCAAGACGUGUUGUAACCGAAUCUGAGUGCACUGCAAAUUGAGCAUCACGAUUAAAUGCUAUAGUAUUUUUUGAUACGAAAUCUCAAUAGCGAACGUAGUGCAUGACAUUAAAAUGGUUAAUAUAGACAAACGUUUUUCAAUCUAUUUUAUUUGCCAAACCAUUAAAAGUUGAGGAAGAUCCGGCAAAAAUACAUACGAAAUUCACUACAUCGCAUAUUGUAUUCAUCAUCUUAUAUACAUUGUAAAUUAAUACAAUAUCUUACAGAUAAAAAUACACCAGCACUUCUAGUUGCAUUUUUCAUGAUUCAUAAUAUGUAG